AGCUUGAGCUUUUCUUUCCCUCUCCUUGAGGAAGCGCGCGGACCUCGAGACUCUUCUGCCGGUAACCGAAGACACUUCUCUGCUCGCUGCUCUUUAUAUCAGGAGUCGACCCGCUUUGCAUCUUUGAUUCGUUUCCCCCUCGAUGGCUCAUAGGAUGAGUGUGUUGGCUCUCGGGCUCGUGAGGAGACUGUGGCAGUGAUCUGGUCAUGGCGUUUCCACAGGGAUACUUGUACCAGUCUUCACUGUCUCUGUACUCGUGUCCCCCGUACGGCCCCGGCGCGGUCCCGGGAGCGCGGGCUGAUGAUCUGGGACGCUCCUCUAGCGGAUCCGCCUUCGCCCCGUACGCGUCCUCAUCCUUCACAAACACUGCACUCUUCAACUCCCUCCAGUACAGUCCCGAGUCCACCGCCCCCUUCACUUCAUACGGGGGCUCCCCAUAUGAGUCUUCUCCGGGCAUGGCGGGCUCCAUCGGCUAUCACCCGUACGCCGGUCCCCUGGGCGCGUACCCGUUCGGAGACCCCGCGUACCGGAAGAACGCGACGCGCGACGCCACCGCCACCCUGAAGGCCUGGCUCAGCGAACACAGGAAAAACCCUUAUCCCACCAAGGGCGAGAAGAUCAUGCUGGCCAUCAUCACUAAAAUGACCCUCACUCAGGUGUCCACCUGGUUCGCCAACGCCCGGAGGAGGCUGAAGAAAGAGAACAAAAUGACGUGGACGCCACGGAACAGGAGUGAGGAUGAAGAUGAGGAGGAUAGUAUUGAUUUAGAGAAAAAUGAUGAAGACGAUGAACCGCUCAAAACAGCCGAAACAACACAGACGACCAAAGAUGCAGUUGGCGACGAACGCGCGGGAGAUCGCGACGACGCGACGGAUAGCGUCAUCAUCGACUGUGAGGAAGAGGAGAAUCGGACAGUCUCUGAGUCUCCGGUGCCCACGACCUCCUCUCCCCAAAACGAGCUGAGUGAAAGCAAGACGGCCGUCAGUGAGAACUGCAACGCCACCUCUGUCAUUCAUUCUGCGAUCCCGACCCCUAAACCCAAGCUGUGGUCUCUCGCUGAAAUCGCUACCUCGGAUAAGCGAGCCGACGCGUCGUCGCCCGCCGGGUCCCCCGCGCAGUGCCUGUUCCCCCCCACGCGUUUCUACUACACGUCUCCGUUCUACGCGGGAUUCACGAACUACGGCGCGUUCGGAGCGCUGAACGGCUCCGCGUCAAACUCAACGCUUCUGAACGGGAUUAACCAGACUGCGUUACACAGAGCGAGAGACAGCAAACUGACGCAGGACACGAGCACAGAUCUCACGUUUCAGCACCGGAGGCCGAAUGUGUAGUGCUGGCUGUUUAUUAUAGGCUACAUCAUUUCUGGUUUCAACGGGAGUUGUCAGUGUGUGACGAAGGGCAAAUGAAAAUCUCCGAUAAAGCAUUUUUUUAAUAUUUAAAAAGGAAAUGGUAUUGAAAUAUUUUUUUUUCUUUACAUAUCUAUUGUAAAAUAUUUGUGCAAGAGGCCAAAGUACUAAUUUAAAAGAUUUUUGUAAUCUCAAUCAGCUGUUAAAAUGAGUUCAAUUAUUGUUUUAACGGAUCUUUGCACAUUACAAACUUUGAUCAUGUGCCAUUUUGCUAAAUCAUAUCUAG